AUGCCUCGUCGCAAUUAUUCACACAAUUCACACAAUCAUCAAAAUAGCAAUAAUUAUCAAAAACAUGAAGCGAAAAAAUCAAGUUCAGAAGGUUCUUCUUCACUAAUUGCGAAUAAGCUGCCAAGGGAAAUUCCUGGAUAUUAUUAUGAUGAAGAACGUGACAAAUAUUUUAAAAUAUCUCCGAAUAGCAACUUUGGUCAAGAAGCUAUGGUCAAUUCAUUAAAAUCUAUUAGUACAAUUCAAGGAACAUCAUCUCAAAAUCAUGAUAUAACGGAUUUCCAGAUUCAUAAAUAUAGAAAUACUAUAUAUUUAGGAAAUCUUGGUGGGACAGUUGGGCAGAUAAAAUUUCAGUGUUCUUCUGAGUCAUGUCAUGAACUUUCUAGAACCUAUAUUGCUAUGCUUACAUCUGAAAUAACAUCUAUCAAUUUAUUUGAUAAAAACUUUUUGAUAUAUACAUCUUUAGGAAAUGAUUUAUCACCUGGAGUUCUACAUGUUGGUGGAAUAAUACCACUAAGUGACGAUGAUGAAUCAAUAAUUGAAUUGACACCUAAUGUCAUAUAUAAUUCGAAAUCUACUAUUUGGACAUCAACUUAUUCUGAAUUGGACAAAUCAAUCGCAUUAGGUACUUCAAAAAAAGUUGUUGUACUUCAAGGUUUAGAUAUGCCGAUUUAUCGAUUAAGUCAAUUUAAAACAGGCAGUGAUGUAUUCUCUGUGGAUUUUGAUAAAAACCGGCCUUCGAUAUUGUAUGCUGGUUGUAGAGAUGGACAGCUUCGAAUAUUUGAUAUUAGAAGUAGUUAUCGAAAAAACACUUUGUAUGGCGAGGGUCCGGUUAUAAAACAGUCAUCACCAAUUUGUCAUUUAAAACAGAUUGGUAGUUGGUAUAUUAUUACUGAUGGGAUGGAUGGUUCACUUUCUUUAUGGGACAUCAGAAAAGAUCAAAAUGGAAAUAACAGCAAUACUAGAAGUCCUAGUCGAUCUCCGGUGAUGGAAUUCAAGGGAAAUGUCAAUUCAAAUAAUAUAAGAAUGGGAUUUGCAGUAAAUUCAAAUGAAACAAUUGUUAGCGUUGCUGGUCAAGAUAAACGAGUUCGAUUCUAUUCAUUAUCUACUGGUAAUGCUAUCAGAUCGCCAAUUGGCCCAUUUGAAGAUAAAGUGAACGCUAUACGAUUUUGUGAUUAUUACCAAAAUAUAUAUUUGUCAGGUUUUGCUGAUUCUGACGAGGAUGGUGUUAAUGAUAAGAGUGGCGAAAGAGGUGAAGGUUUAUGGAUAGCUGUUAAUAAUAAGCUUCAUUGGUGGAGUCGCCAAGCUUUGCCCACGUUCUCUUUGCAUGAGCCUUCUAAUUAUUCAUCCGGACUUAUAAGUGAAGAAGAAGAAGAUGAUGAUAUCGACAACAACAAGGAAGAGGCUUUUAAGAGUCCAUUGUCAUUUAGGCAACGUAUUCUACCGGGCCACUUGCUGUCACUUUAUCCUUUUUAUAAUAAUAGACACAUAAUAGCAAAGUCUGCUAUGUAUCUUGAACGUUGCCAACAAAUUAUUCCUUACACUUCCAAUUUCAACUAUCUAAUCUAA